AUUGUUGAUUGAUCUGAGGCUUCGUCGCGACCACGAUCUCCGCUAAGAUCAACAAAUUCGCGUUGAAAUGAAGAGAACUUGAACUGCGCGGAAAAAUAGUCAGACUCUCAUCUACGAUGGACCAGCGAGGAAUUCGAGAUCCAUGAAGCGAUUCAAUCUUCCAGGGAAUCGAAUGAGCAGAAAGCGCGGUCGUGUCCAGGCCUAAGAAAGUGCGGGUUUAACAUGAAGGCUACAUGACUCGUCAUUUCGGGUUUGUUGCGAGUGUUGCGUCUUACUUUACCUGCUCAGUCUCCAUUUUGCAGGCCUCAGUCAAGUUCCCUUUCAACUUCUACUAGAGAAUGGCGACACUUACGGCACAUUCGCCGUCCGCAUUCGCCGGUCACCACAAUCUGCACAAGCAUCAAAGCCGACCGAACGCCGGACUCCGCGACUCGUUCGAGCGUCGUAGCAGUAUCGGUGACAACCAUGAUGUGUACAUCGGUGAAGGUCUCAUUGAUCCCGACGGGGUGGAUGGCCUCGAUCAGUUUGGAGAGGAUGACGGCGCACCUCCGAAGACGCAUCCACACGGUCGUAGACUGCUCGACUACUUAGCGAUAGACGUUGGGGAGAAAUAUCUCGACGAUAUCUACAAAGAAGACGACAGCGACACCUCGGAUGGAGAAGAAAGCGGGUUCUACAGUGACGGGCCUCGGUCGUCAAUGCACCAGACUAGACAAGCGGCAGUCAAGCCUCUGAAUGAUUUGAACCAGUUGGGUCAGAUUGAGGAGGAACAUCCUACUCCUCAACGUCCGGGGAAGGAGAAGGCGUGGCAGAAGGUGAGACGUCUCCUGGUUGAGGAAGAAGAGAAGGCGGCGACAAAGAAGAAGCCAGUCGCUCCAAGCCGACAAGCGGAUACUGCAGGCUACGACACAGUCAAGUUGCUGGAUAUCUUGGCCCGUUCGGGCACCGAAGACGUGUACAGCAAGAGCAGUUCAUCGUCCGAAGCGAGGGAGUCACCACAUACCUUUGCUGGCCACAUGGGGAACAAAAUAUCGCGACUGCUUCACCGCAGUCCCGCCCCACACCCACCGUCGUCUCCAUUCCAUGCAACACCAGCUCAAUUGGUGCUGCUGGCGACUCUGGAGCGCGUCAAUAUAUCGUGCCGAACGACCGAGUUAUCGGACAUGUCGAUCGCUCGAAUCACUUCCCACUUGACGAUGAUCGACGAGAUUCUAAAGGAAGAAGCGGCUCGAAGACUGAAGCGCGGAUCUCGUCGACUCUCAAGCACCAACGACUCGAGUGAGUACGAGAGUGAGAGCCAUCAGUCCACCUAUUCCGUUGCCAACCCUCGCAUUAUGGUCGCUCCGAGUGUGCGCAGUACCUUCAAGACGUUCAUCGCCGCUCAAGAUCUAUGUGAAACCCUGGCAGCUUUCAACAAUCUACUGGCCGAUUGUGGUCUUAACGGAGCUAAGAUGCAGGAGCCUUGGCAUGUCUACUUCCACAUCCGGAAUGCAGUGUACAGCAGACUGGGAUACCGUCAGAAGCAGCUCUUCCGACUGCUUGAUGCACGGUUCAAUCUGGACGUGUACAAGCAAAGAUACGCUUCUAAACAAGGCGUGUGUAUCGUAGGUGCCGGACCUGUGGGCUUACGUGCUGCGGUCGAGUUGGCACUACUCGGUGCUCACGUGUCUGUACUGGAGAAGAGGACCAAGUUCAGUCGAGAGAACAGACUUCAUCUGUGGCCGUGGGUGGUUCAGGACUUGGCGUCGUUGGGAGCGAAGGUUUUAUUCAAAAACUUCUGCAAGUCCAGAACGUACUUCCACGUGAGCACCAGACAAUUGCAGAUCAUUGUACUCAAAGUGGCUCUGCUGGUUGGGGUGAAAGUGUACUCUGCUACAAGCUUCGAGUCGAUUGUCGCUCCUUCAUCGGAGAAGAACGGUAACCUCUUUUACAGCAUCAAGACGGAGCCUCAGAUUCCAGUGGCAGAGGUUACAGCGGUACUUGGAGCCACCGGAGUCAACGAUCAGUUGGCAGCUCCAGCAGGUAUCAAUCGCUUCGUGUUUUCUCAGAAGGAAUCUCUGGGUAUCGUCUGCUACUUCCCCAACCUGGAGACACUGGAGGAGACCAAGGUCAAGGAGUUCUCGUGGACAACUCAGCUGAAGCACCACAUGCUGGACAAGAUGCGUGAGAUUGGCGUCGAUCUGGAGAAUAUUGUGUACUUCCGAGGUGAGAUGCACUACCUGGUGAUGACUCCCAAGAGGAAUAACUUGCUGCUUCGAGGAGUGGUGAAGCAGAAUUAUUCCAACUCAAAGGAUCUGGUCAGGGACGACAACAUUAACCAGAGUGUACUGCACGCAUUCGUCAAGCGUAUUAUCGACUUUGCCGGGAUCCCGAGAAGAACGGACUUCACUCGAGUUAGUUUGUUUGACUUUACUUCACUAACGAGAGCUGAGCAGGCUGCAAGUGUAAUCUCUUCACACGGCAAGAAACUCUACAUUGGACUGGUGGGAGACUCGCUGCUGGAGCCUGUCUGGCAUGAAGGAGUCGGCACUUGUCGAGGCUUCCUAAGUGCGCUGGAUGGCGCAUGGAUGAUCGCCCAGAUCGGGAGAAAGUCGGAUGAAAAACUGCUGACGGAUCGCGAGUUGGCCUACCAAGUGAUGCAACGUCUGUCAGGCCACCAUCGUGACGAGAUGCAGAAGAAUGUGCGGAAGUACACCGUGGAUCCCAGGACUCGGUACUUGGUCGACUUUCCUCGUGUUGUGUAGACUGUAUACAAUAUCACUUCUGAAGAAUUAUAUCGAUAAUGUAUUAUUUUCCAUGUAUUUUUU